AUGGACAACGGCGGCGCGAACGCGUGGUACAAGGACGCGAUGCAGCUCACGUCCGUGCCGCUCGCGCCGUCCGUGCGAUCGAAACUCCAACGCGCCGGGUUCGUGUCCGUGCGGGACGUGAAGAAGACGCGCGGUCCCGUCGAGCUCGCGCUGGAGGCGGGCCUGACGAACGAAGAGGCGAGCGAGGUCAUGAAAGUCGUCCGCUUCGGCGUCGACGGCACCGCGCUCGCGGGCGCCAAGUCCGCGAGCGAGCUCCUGCGCGAGGAGACCGGGAAGCUCCCCAUCUACACCUUCUCCUCGGAGCUCGACGCGCUCCUCGGCGGCGGCGUCGCUGCGGGCGAGAUCACCGAACUCUGCGGGUGCCCGGGCAUCGGCAAGACGCAGAUGUGCGUCCAGCUGUGCGCCAGCGUGCAGAUCCCGCACGCGUUCGGCGGGUACGACGGCGAGGCGGUGUACGUAGACACGGAGGGGUCGUUCAUGGCGGAGCGCGCCGAGGAAAUCGCGGAGGCGACGGCGCGCCACCUCCGGUCGGUGUCGAACGCGUCGCCGGAGGACGCGGGGAUGUCCGACGCGAUCGCGUCGUUCACGGCGGAGCGGAUGCUCGAGCGCGUGCACUUGUUUCGGUGCCACGAGGUCACGGAGCUGCUCGCGGUGUUGGAGGCUCUGCCGGCGUACGUGAAGAAACACCGCGUGCGACUCGUCGUCGUCGACUCCGUCGCGUUUCACUUCCGACAGGACUUCAGGGACAUGGCGCUUCGCACGACGAUCCUCGCGAAGAUGACGCAGCGUCUGCAGCAGCUCGCGAGCGAGAACGCGCUCGCGGUGGUGACCGUGAACCAGGUGACGGUGAAGCCGGACCCCAGGGGCGGCGGCGCGAGGCUGGUGCCGGCGUUGGGGGAAUCGUACGCGCACGCGUGCACGACGCGGAUCAUCCUCUCGUGGGAGGACGACACGCGGACGGCGUACUUGUAUAAGAGUCCGAGGCUGCCGCAGGGGAGGGCGCGGUAUACGGUCACCGAGGGGGGUAUACGGGACGUGCGAGGGACGAAGCGGCCCGCCGAGUGA